AUGCACAAGGUGUCUCUCCUGCAAAGGAACCGAAGCCCCAGGGAGGAGGCGUGGACCGACCCCGGCAGAGCUGGAGGGAACCGCGAGAGAGAGCGCCCCGCGCAGCGCUCGGGUACCAGCCGGAGCUCGGCCGCAGAGGACCCUCGAGACCAGCUGGGGAGAUUCCGGCUCCACGGUCUCCUCGGCUUUUACAGAUCUUGCCCCCCCGCCCCGCGACUCCCUCUCCCCCGAACGGAAUCUUUCUGUGAAGAGGAGGUGAGGGAGCUGGGGCCACCAGGAGUUUCCCGGGCACCCAAGAUGCGCUCCAUCAGGAAGAGGUGCACGAUCUGCACGAUCAGUCUGCUGCUGAUCUUUUAUAAGACAAAAGAGAUGGCACGGACCGGGGAGCGCCAGGGGACGCAACUCACCGGAGAAGGUGAGCUGUGUUUGAGUCGAUCCCUUGUCAAUAGUUCGGAUAAAAUCAUUCGGAAGGCUGGUUCUUCAAUCUUCCAGCAUUCUGUAGAAGGUUGGAAAAUCAAUUCCUCUUUGGUCCUAGAAAUAAGGAAGAACAUUCUUCGUUUCUUAGAUGCCGAACGAGACGUCUCCGUGGUCAAGAGCAGCUUUAAGCCUGGUGACGUCAUACACUACGUGCUGGACAGGCGUCGGACACUAAACAUUUCUCAGGACCUGCACAGCCUCCUGCCUGAAGUUUCACCAAUGAAAAACCGCAGGUUUAAGACUUGCGCUGUUGUUGGAAACUCGGGCAUUCUGCUGGACAGUGAGUGUGGAAAAGAGAUCGACAGUCACAAUUUUGUAAUAAGGUGUAAUCUAGCCCCUGUGGUGGAGUUUGCUGCAGAUGUGGGAACUAAAUCAGAUUUUAUUACCAUGAAUCCAUCAGUUGUACAAAGAGCAUUUGGAGGCUUUCGGAAUGAGAGUGACAGAGAAAAAUUUGUGCAUAGACUUUCCAUGCUGAAUGACAGUGUCCUUUGGAUCCCUGCUUUCAUGGUCAAAGGAGGAGAGAAGCACGUGGAGUGGGUUAAUGCAUUAAUCCUUAAGAAUAAACUGAAAGUGCGGACUGCUUAUCCAUCACUGAGACUUAUUCAUGCUGUCAGAGGUUACUGGCUGACAAACAAAGUUCCCAUCAAAAGACCCAGCACAGGUCUACUCAUGUAUACACUUGCCACGAGAUUCUGUGAUGAGAUUCACCUGUAUGGAUUCUGGCCAUUCCCCAAGGAUUUGAAUGGGAAAGCUGUCAAAUAUCAUUACUAUGAUGACUUAAAAUAUAGGUACUUUUCCAAUGCAAGUCCUCAUAGAAUGCCGUUAGAAUUCAAAACAUUAAAUGUGCUACAUAAUAGAGGAGCUCUGAAAUUGACAACAGGAAAGUGCGUAAAGCAAUAA